AAUAAAACCUCCAUACAGAUAGUGAACCUGACAAGAAAUUUUUUUACCCGACCAAAUGGAAAGUAUUGCUUGUUUUGACACUUGACACCUCUUUCAUCUGUGUUGAUCGUCAAAUUAAAUCAUGGACGCUUGGUAUGACGCUAAGGACACAACGCCAGUGAUCCUGAAGAUCAAGUACCAGCACGCGCAAGGCGGUGCUGACUGUUCAAACAGCUCUGCUCUCCCUCAAGGCUCUGCCAUGGGCUCGGUAUUGUCAUCGGUUGGUGUCCAAGACCAGAUGACGAGGCCUACGGCACAAGGAGGAGAGACAUUCGCGGUGAGAUUAACGGAGUUUGGGGAUGCCACCACGUACCACGGGCUCCGCUAUGUCAUCAAUAACAAAUACUCACGUUUUCGAAGAUUUGUGUGGCUCCUCGUGGUCCUAGGAAUGGCGACCUGGCUGGUGGUGAACAUCAUUAAACUGACGCUCUUGAUGCUCCAGCAUCCGGAGUCCAGCUCCAUUUCUCUCAACUACGUGCCUACGAUCGCCUUCCCAGCCGUCACCAUCUGCAACAUCAAUCUCCUACGGAGCAAUGCCCUGAAUGAGUCUGUCCUCAAGACUCUAGCCGAAAUCUACGAUCCGGUAACCGAUUAUCACCAAGAGGGCACUGGGGUUGAUUUCGGUCCUGUGGACGCCUUGUACCACUACCCCAACGGGAGCGACUCGACGGAGACCAUCUUCAGUGCCUCGCAUCAGAUCGAGGACAUGUUGGAUCGAUGUAAGUGGAGGCAUGAAAAGUGCUCCCCAGCCAACUUCACGCAGCGUCUGACCGACCACGGUGUGUGCUACACCUUUAACGACCCUCCGGACGAGAGAGAUGUGCUGCAAGUCUCGAACCCUGGAAGUAGUAACGGGCUCUACAUGAGGUUGAACAUCGAGCAGGAUCUGUACACCUAUGGAGAGAGCACAUCGGCUGGCAUGAAAGUCAUGCUACAUAAACAGGGCGAGUUCCCCAUCGUCAAGGAAUUUGCGUUGUCUUUGACUCCAGGCUACGAAAUCUCUAUUGCUGUGCGAAAGCAGAUGGUGAAGAGCCUAAAAGCACCGUUCAAGUCUAAUUGUACGACCUCCAGCCACCUGAGAGAGUUCCCCUACAAAUAUUCCGUACCGGCUUGUCAUUUUGAGUGUAUGGUUCGAUUCGUUGUCGACCACUGCGGAUGCCGUGACUACAGGUGGCCAGUCAAAGCACCAAUAUGCUCCGUUGAAAAGCAAGUGACGUGCGUCUACCAAUACGAAGAUGAGUUUGUGUGGGACAGCGAUAAGUGCAGCUGUCAGAUGUCUUGUGAAACCUUGACCUACGAAAGCACAAUGUCGCAGUCAUUCUGGCCGGCUAAACAAAUUGACCGAGAUUUGCGAGAGAAAUACGGCUUUUCCCGAGAUUUUAUCAGGGAAAACUAUAUGGAGGUGUACGUUUUCAUGGAGGAAAUAAUGUAUAUGGAAAUCCAGCAACAGGAAGCUUACACGCUGGAACACUUCGAGGGUGACAUCGGCGGCUACAUGGGUCUACUAUGCGGUAUGAGCCUGAUCACUCUAGUCGAAUGGCUAGAUUUCAUCGUCAUUACCCUGUACAAGAGGUUUGGUUGCUCGAAAAGGAACAGGUCUGGUGAUAGCAAAGCUUGAAAGGGAACAUUGUACGAGAAUGACAGUCAUCGAGUUUUGAUAUACAUGUAGACAAAUACGUAAAGCAAAAACACAAAAUAGUCUUUGCUGACAUCUUAAUCAAAAUUUGUAAUUGUUUGCGUCACAUCACAAAUUUGGAAGUGGUUGAGCAGUAAACCCGUACGUGCUCACAUCUGGGCGAAAAAAAUUACAUGUACAUAUUAACACGAUGCUUAUAAUGCAUGCAGUCUGUAGACUUCUAAUCUGUUGAUUAAAAAGGACCAUAGUUCAUCAAUUAGGGAUAACGAAGUAAUAUUUACUGAUUGGGAGAAUGGCAGAGCACAUCUGUCAAUAAAAUAGAUGCGGGUCAACGGUCCUCCAAUCACAUCCAUAAAGCGGAGGGUAAGUUACGAUAGAAACCCAGAAUGCUGACCGCUCAUCGCUGAGGGGAACGCGCGCGAAUAUUGAUGGUGAUGAUGCUGAUACCAAUUAAAUAAAUAAGCCAUGAGUCGGCAUUUCAAAGAACCUGUGUUACAGUGAAAUAUCUGAUCUAGAAACAGCAAUGUUGACGUAAAUGUAGAGUAAAACCACAAUAUAAUGACCUCAAUUGGAAUUAAGUCUUCGGUAAGACAAUCACCCAUGCCACAGUGAUACUUUCGCAUCUUUAAGAAACUACACAGACGGACGAAACUGCAUUCAACAUUUUGAGACAUACAGAAAACAAUCUACUGGACGCACUUCGGAUGUCGAAUAACAGCAUGAUAAAUAAGCCCCGUGCCAAAGCAAACCACCGAAAAUGUCAAGAUGGUACGAGACGAUUUCCUGCAAGACUAUGAUGAAGAAGAGGAAAUCAGUUAAAGAUUACUCUGAGUUGGAGCAGAUAAAAGUUUGCAAUAGCGAAUAAGCAAGAUUCUACG